AUGGGUUCCCAAAUUCCGGCAGAAGACUCUAUUGUUGUUGCCGUCGAUAAAGAUAAGAAUAGCAGCUCUGCCGUGAAAUGGGCUAUUGAUAAUCUCCUUGGAAGCAAUCAAAUUCUUGUUUUGGUUCAUGUUCGGGUCAAAAACUCACCAAAGCCUACUUUAGAUUCAAAUGGAGGAUUAAGUGAUGAAGCUACUCAAAAUAUUUUCACACCUUUCAGGGCUUAUUCUGCGCGCAAAAGGAUAGUAGUGAAAGAGAUUGUCGUUGAGAAUACUGAAGCGUCGAAGGGACUUCUUGAUUACAUCAACAGUCAGUGUAUUACCAACAUUGUUCUUGGUGCAUCAUCUAGGAGUGCUCUUGGCAGGAAAUAUUGGACUCAUGAUGUGCCAACAAUGAUAAAUAAGGCCGCGCCAGAAUUUUGUUCUGUCUACGUAGUUUCGAAAGGCAAGCAACAAUCUGUCCGACCAGCAGCAAAAUCUCUUCCUUCUUCUGCACCAGCAAGACAACCAUCCUCAUUAGCGUGGUCAGCACCUAGGUCAAGUAACUCUGGAUCAGAAGAUUCAUCCAGGUUUUCAUACACGAGGUCAGAGCAGAAGAUUGUAGAAUCUGAGAAGACGAGGCCUGAAAAAGGACCAUCUAAUGUACCAAUAGAUAAUCUUCAUGCUCCCGAGAUGACAAAUCCAUAUAAGCACACUUCUCAAUCAGAUGGUAGUAUGCGGUAUGCUCGUAUUAGCCCUAGAUCAGUUGAUAUGACAUCCGAAAAUCUUGACUUCACACAAGUUUCAAUCAAAGAAACUCCAAUGAAUGGAAGCUCCUCAUAUUUAGUGGACGCUGAGAUGAAAAGACUAAAACUUGAGCUAAGGCAAACUUUGGAUAUGUACAAUGCAGCUUGCAAAGAAGCUGUCGUGGCCAACCAAGCGGCUGAUGAGCUUAAUAAAUGGAAAAUUGAAGAAGCUCGCAAGUUCGAACAAGCCCGUUUUGCUGAAGAGGCGGCUCUCGCAAUUGCUGAGACCGAAAAGGCUAAAUGCAGAGCUGCUAUUGAAGCUGCUAAGAAAGCACAAAAGAUGGCUGAAAUAGAAGCACAAAGACGGAAGUAUGCGGAGUUAAAAGCUAAGCGAGAGACAGAAAAAAAGAAACAAGCUAUGAAUGUUCGAUCUCAGAAUGAUCUACGUUAUAGGAAGUAUACAAUUGAAGAGAUUGAGGCAGCCACCAAAAAAUUCUCAAAUUCACAAAAAAUUGGAGAAGGUGGAUAUGGACCUGUUUUUAAGGGAAAACUAGAUCACACACCUGUAGCCAUUAAAGUUCUGAGUCCUGAUGCUGCACAAGGGAAGAAACAGUUCCAACAAGAGGUUGAGGUCCUCAGUCUCAUUAGGCAUCCGAAUCUGGUGCUACUAUUAGGUGCAUGUCCUGAGUAUGGGUGUUUAGUUUAUGAGCUUAUGAAUAAUGGAAGCUUGGAAGAUCGACUUUUUCGUAAAGGUAAUACCCCUUCAAUUCCAUGGGAAAUUCGCUUCAAAAUUGCUGCUGAGAUUGCAACCGGGCUUCUAUUCCUUCACCAAGCAAAACCAGAACCUCUUGUUCACCGGGAUCUAAAGCCAGGAAAUAUUCUGUUGGACAAAAAUUAUGUCUGCAAAAUCAGUGAUGUUGGUUUGGCAAGGUUAGUGCCAUCAUCUGUACCUGAUUGUGUGACACAAUAUCACAUGACUUCAGCUGCCGGGACUUUUUGUUAUAUAGAUCCUGAAUAUCAACAAACGGGAAAGUUAGAGACUAAAUCAGAUAUAUAUUCGCUUGGUGUGAUGUUGCUCCAAAUUAUUACUGCAAGGCCCCCAAUGGGUUUAACUCAUCACAUUGAAAGGGCCAUCGAAAAAGGUAAAUUUGCAGAUUUUUUAGAUCCAACAGUGCCAAAUUGGCCAGUGGAAGAGGCUCUUAAGUUUGCAAAAUUGUCACUCAAGUGUGCUGAGCUGAGGAAGAAAGACAGACCAGAUCUUGGUUCAGUAGUAGUUCCUGAGCUUACUAAGCUUAGUGAAUUCGGAAUGAGUAGCAUGCCAAGUAUCGGUAGCUAAACUUUGCCCCCCGUGCAUCUUCAAUACUCAAAGAUUGUGCCCACACACGAUGGAUAAACUACUCUCAACUCAGGUCUGUGGUUCCUUCUCAUUACCAACAUUUAAUCGAGUGCAGUAAACAUCAGCUGAAUAGUUCAUUUUCCCUUUUCAUGAGUUAAGCUUACUGAAAUUGAAGGAAAAAAAUUAACUCUUUGAGUGUUCCCUUGUUGAAACAUUUCGAUCAUUA